UCCUUUCUAUUAGAGUGGAAUAAUGGGCCCAGGAACAACAAUUGGGCCUGUAGUGGAGGCAGGCCCAAUUCUCAGUCCAAGAUACAGUACCGCCAGAAAACGUCUUUUCUUUUUCUAUUUUGAUAGUUAAACGGCUAUUUUUUUAAUUUUCGGUAAUUAAACGGCUAUAUAUUAUAUUCAUAUAUAUAUAGUUCAAAAAGGCAACAGAUCGGCCAAUAGAGAAUUGAAAGGCGGGAACGUUACCAAAACCCUUUUUUCUUCUUCUCCCCCCCCACCCCCCAACGCUCACACACACAAGCAAAGAGAAGAGAGCGAGAGAGGGAAUGGAGAGAAUACACGUCUCCGUGAGAGCGAGGCCUCUCUCCACCGAGGAUGCCAAGGCCAGUCCAUGGCGUAUUUCUGGAAAUUCUAUUUUCAUACCCAACCAACCCUCCAAAUUUGAAUUCGAUCAGAUUUUUGGGGAGGACUGUAAAACUCAAGAUGUAUACAGGGCUCGGACCAGAGAUAUUGUGGCUGCUGCAGUUCGUGGUUUCAAUGGCACUGUUUUUGCAUAUGGACAAACAAGUAGUGGAAAAACGCACACAAUGCGUGGAUCAAAGUCUGAGCUUGGAGUCAUCCCCCUUGCUGUCCAUGAUCUUUUUAACAUUAUACAACAGGAAAUGGAUCGUGAGUUUCUUUUACGCAUGUCAUAUAUGGAGAUUUACAAUGAGGAGAUAAAUGACCUGUUAGCCCCUGAGCAUAGAAAACUGCAGAUUCAUGAAAGUAUCGAGCGAGGAAUCUUUGUAGCUGGGUUAAGAGAAGAAAUUGUGGCCUCUGCUGAUCAAGUACUUGAACUUAUGGAGUUUGGAGAAUCUCAUCGUCAUAUUGGGGAGACGAAUAUGAAUGUUUAUAGUAGUAGGUCGCACACAAUAUUCCGCAUGAUUAUUGAGAGCAGGGAGAAAACUGAUGAUGCAGAAACGGAAUUCUCAUGUGAUGCAGUUCGUGUUUCUGUCUUGAAUUUGGUGGAUCUUGCCGGUUCAGAACGCGCUGCAAAGACUGGUGCAGAAGGCGUUAGGUUGAAGGAGGGCUCCCACAUCAAUAAAAGCCUAAUGACCUUAGGAACUGUCAUAAAGAAACUGAGUGAAGGUGCUGAGAGCCAAGGAGGUCAUGUCCCCUAUCGAGACAGCAAACUUACACGAAUUCUGCAACCUGCAUUGGGUGGAAAUGCUAAUACUGCUAUCAUAUGCAAUAUUACACUUGCACAGAUCCAUGCUGAUGAGACUAAAAGUAGUCUUCAGUUUGCUAGUAGGGCACUGCGUGUGACAAACUGUGCCCAUGUAAAUGAGAUAUUGACUGAUGCUGCAUUGCUAAAACGUCAGAAGAAAGAAAUUGAGGAACUUCGCGCCAAAUUGCAGGGUUUACACUCGGAACAUCUUGAAGAGGAAAUCCUGAAUCUGCGGAAUACAUUGCUAAAGAGUGAAUUGGAGAGAGAGAGAAUGGCUUUAGAGCUGGAGGAAGAAAAGAAAGCACAGGCUGAAAGGGAGAAGAGAUUGCAAGAGCAAGCCAAGAAAAUUGAAAAUUUGAGCUCUAUGGUAUUUUGUGCAAAUAGAGAAGAGACGAGUGUUGUCUACAAAAAGGCAAAAAGGCGAGAUACCUGGUGCCCUGGAAAUCUUUUGAGGAAGAAACUGAAGGAGUUAUCGUCUGUGGUAAAAGAGACCCCUUCUGAAGUGAAAUCAACAAGAGCAGAUUGCACAAUUGGUCCACUUCUUCCAUUCGAAGAGUUAGUUAAAGAAGCGAGUGCUGCUGAGUUGUGCAAACAAGAGCAAGAUUGUAAAAGGAGUGCUUCAGAAGACUGUACACUUCCUGAUCCAAAUGCACUGCUGCAUGUUACCAGUAGGAGAAAAGUUCCAGCCAGAACAAGAAGUUUACCUAUGGAGAGCAAUGACUUGACUGAAAUGCAAGCAGAAUAUGAAAAUUUGCUUUCAGAGUUUGAAACUUAUAGGACAAUGAGUGACAUUCAAAUUGAUUACUUAACAAGGAAGCUUGCUGAGGCUGAUCUUGUUGUGGAUGAGAAAUGCAGAGAAUGCACUGCAAGAAAUCCCAAUCCUCUGUCACAUCCAGAUGGAAAUAGAAGUUUGAAGGACUCGGAUGCUAUUCUUGUGAUCAAGCAACUUCAGGAGAAGAUUGCAAUCUUGGAGAUGGAGAAGUCCUCAAGCCAGCAAAAUUUAGAUUGUGUGUUUGACUUGGCAACUGAGCGGACCAAGUCUGCACAGGAGAAAUAUGAAAAGAUGUAUGAGGAACUUAUGCUUGCACAAGAAGAAGCAACUCUUGCUCGUGACACCCUUGCUUCUGUACAGUCUAGUGUGGAAGAAUCUGAUUGGAUGACCAGCCUAUUAACUGAAGCCCAGGAAAUAAAGCUGGAAUUUGAUAACUCAAGACAUCUUAUAGGGUCUCUCUCUUCGGUUGUGGACGAGCUUGUCCAUUUCUCUUCGACAUUGCCAAACCUGAUUCUUGACCUUAGGCCUUCUGCUGCCCAGAGUAUGGUUCAAAUAGAAUCGAUAUUUAGGAGCCAUGAGAUGAUACACUCUUGCUUGAGAAGCAAAGUUCGUGAGCUUGAGGAGGAUAAGCUUGUUCUUUGCAAUCAAGCUUCAGAGCUUCAUUGUAGGAUAGAAGAAUUAAAUUUAAAAGUUCAAAAUUCUACAAAUGCAUUCAUGGAACUCGAGGGUAGACAUGAAGCCGAAAAAUCUGAAUAUCUAUGUCAACUUCAAAUGCUCCAAAGGGAAAAUUCAUCCUUAUCAUCGUGUUCCUUGGCAAAGGAAAAGGAAAGUAUCAGAAAGGAUUUGGAGAAAACAAAAUUAAAGUUAAAAGAUAUGGAGUUCAAGCUAAAGAAUGCUAUUCAGGAGAGAACAAAACUUGAGGGUGAGAAGUCAUGUGCAGAAAGAGAACUUAAAAGACUGCAAAGCCAGAAGGCUAUGCUUGAACGUGAUAUGAGCAAACGUGAAUCUAUUAUUGGCAGAAGGCGUGAUUCAACAAUUGAUAGGAGCUCAAAUGUGUUUGAUCAGAAACAGACAAAGGGCUCUACUGCUUUGGCUGAACUGGAGGAGGAGUACAAGAAGCUGGAAGUAGUUGCUUUUGAGAUGGAGACUGUAAUUGGGGCAUUAGAAGACCAAUUGGCAAUAGCAAAUGGGGAAAAGGAUGCAGCCACUUCUAGAGCUGAGAGUUUGGCUUCUGAUUUGCAGGUGUUGUCCAAUGAGUUGCACUUGUCAAACUCAGAGUUGACACUGAAGGAAGAAGUUGUCAAUCUUAGAACAAGCUUGGAAGAAUACAGGUCCCAUGUGCAGGAAAUGGAAAGUUCUCUCAAAACUUUGACAGAAGAAAAGGAGGACUUGUCAAUGCAACUCACUGAAGCCCUUCUGACAAUGGAGGAGGAGAAAGCAAUAUGGUCAUCCAAGGAGAAAGCUUCUGUGGAAUUCAUUGGAGAAAAGGACAAACUAUACGCUGCUGAAAUUGCUUCAUUGUCUGAAAAAUUGUCACAGGCAAGAAACGAACUGGAGAUUUAUAGAAGAGAUUGCAUAGUUUCUGAGGAGUUGCCAAGAAGGUCGGAGGAAAAUGGUGCCUUGGAGAAGCAGUGCAGAUGCUUCAAGGAGAAGCCGUCAGAAGUCAACCUCAGCAGAAAUGAAGAAAGAGCUUCAGAUGACCAGAGCAAAAGAUCUCCAGAGAUUUUGAAUCUACGACCAGACUCUAAGUGCCAAAAUACAUGUGAAGAAAUCGAAAUUUUACAGUUGGAAUUGGGUGUUCUCCGAAAAGAAAGGGCAUAUUUGUUGGCCCAAGUUCAAGAAUUGGAACCAGUCCAGCUUUCUUCAACAGAUGACUCUCAGAUAUUGAAGUUGAAACAUGAACUAGAGCAGCAGAGUGAUAGACUUUCUAGUAUGGAAGACAAGAUGCGCAAUGACCAAGUUAGUAACAGCAAGGACAAGGCUAAGCUCAGAAUGAGACUCCGAGGCGCCCAAUCAAAACUGGAUACUUUUCGCGUUAGGUACCAUGAGUCGGUGGAUGAGUUAGAGUACAUGAACCGAAAAUUUGAGGAGGCUUCAUCGAAGCUGAAAAAGCAAUUAGCUUCAUAUGGUACUGAAGUCCUUAAUCUCAAGAAACAGCUUGCAGCUGUUAAAGGACAAUGAAAAAUCACCUUAAUUGUCCAGUAUAAGCUUACUCUUUCAUCUUUUGCCUUUCUUAUGAAGAAUUAUACUCUGUAUAUCUUGUGUACUUGAGAUUAUUAGUAAUGUAAUGCAAACAAUUAUUUGCUAGAUUUCUUU